AUGGAUACUUGCUGGUUCAACCCAACCAAACAGUAUAUCGCCGACAGUGUCCUCGACCCCGGUGUGCAAACAUAUAUUAAAGAGAAUAAGAGGCGGCGACCGGUGUAUAUGAUUACAGGCCUGAUGAUCGCAAGAGGUGCCUCUGCAAGCAAGAAAUCCAUGGUUGAUAAGGGUCUUCACGCUCAAUUUGGCGUUGAUUUUUCCGCCAUUGGAGUCCCCGCUGCUUUGGGGCCGAAAAUCGAAGUGGCGUCUGGUAAGGAGCAGACUAUCCAUUUUGAUCAUGCGACGGACUUUGUGCUCGCUUAUCGACUUAAAAAGAUCAAAGUGAAGGCGAAGGGAGCGAUCAAGAGCAAGCCGUAUAAUACCGGGGCGUUAUUCGACUCUGACGUGAAGGAGAGUGCACUACCCGUCGAUACAAGCUGGGACAUCGAUGAUAUUGAAGCCGAAGACGUGACUGCGGAUUUACUAGAUGGAGGCUCAACAUCCCAUGUAGCGAGAUUCGAUGAGGAGUGCGAACUCGUUGCUCUAAAGUAA